AAGAUGGGAAUGUAAGGAGCGCCAGACUCCUGGACAGAGUGGGGUCAAUUUUCCCCUUAGUCACUGUCCUCUCCCCUCCCAAAUGGCUUCCCAUCUCACUGGCUGGGGUGAUUCGGGGGUGACUCAGGGACAGCCUACACACCCCUGGAUUCUCUGGAAAUGGCAAGGGAUGGUGUGCUGUAUACCCCGGCCACCAGCACCCAUGGGAGGGGGGAAGCUUGUAGCAGACCCAGCGCUUGGGGUGGGGGUGGGGGUUGUUUCCCCAGCAUGGCCGAGGAGAGAGGGGUGCUGGGGUCCGUGGAGGGUCUAGAGGCGUGAGAGCCAGAGCUGCCGGGCACCUCUCCUGCCUGUACCCCCUCCCCGGCUGAGCCCUGCAGCCUGGCCCCAGGCCAAGAGCCGGCUCAGCAGGUCCCAGGGGUGUGGUGGCUACGGCGGUGGAGCCAGCCUACGCUGGCCAGGCAAUCAGCAGAGGCAGCACAGUCCAUCAGGAGCAGCCGAGUGUGUGGCAGCGGGAGCCCAGAGAGGCAGCGUGACCAUGAGCUCUCUGCUCUCCUACGCCCUGCCUGCCCUGGGCAGCUAUGCCAUGCUGUCCAUCUUCUUCCUGCGCCGGCCUCGCCUGCUGCACACACCCUGGGCUCCAGUCUUCCUGCCACGCCUGGGGGCCCACCGAGCAGGAUCUGGAGAACUCCUGGAGAACACCAUGGAGGCCAUGGAGAACUCCCUGGCCCAGCGAUCAGACUUCCUGGAGCUUGACUGCCAGUUGACACGAGAUGGCGUGGUGGUGGUAUCUCACGACAAGAACCUGUCCCGCCAGUCAGGCGUGAAUAGGGACGUGGGCAGCCUGGACUUUGAGGAGCUGCCCCUCUACAAGGAGGAGCUGGAGGUCUACUUCUCACCAGGUCGCUUUGCACAUGGGUCGGACCGGCACAUGGUGAGUCUGGAGGACGUGUUCCAGAGGUUCCCUCGGAUGCCCAUGAGCGUGGAGAUCAAAGAGGAAAAUGAAGAGCUCAUUAACAAGAUAGCAGGCCUGGUGAGGCACUUUGACCGAAAUGAAAUCACCAUCUGGGCCACAGAGAAGAGCUCGGUCAUGAAGAAGUGCAGGGCUGCUAACCCCGAGAUGCCGUUCUCCUUCACCAUCGGCCGAGCUAUCUGGUUGUUACUGCUCUAUUACCUGGGGUUGCUGCCCUUUGUAUCCAUCCCGGAGAGGUUUUUCUUCUGCUUCCUGCCCACCAUCAUCAAUAGGACCUACUUCCCGUUUUCCUGCUCUGGGCUGAACCAGCUGGCAGCUGUGAUUUCCAAAUGGUUAAUCAUGAGGAAAAGUCUGAUCCACCACCUGGAGCAGCGAGGAGUGCAGGCCACCAACAUGAAGUCACUGAGCACAGAGUGGGGUAGUAUUUCCACCUUACACAUUCAGCAGAUGCGAACAACCGCCAGAGCGUAGGUAACAGUAAAAUGUAGUAAAAUCAUUAGGAAGUGAUGAGUUUUGAGUAUUUAUUACCUUCAUUUUUAAUUUAUUGAAUUACACGUUUAUAUCAUUUAAUAUUUAAUAAUGGCUGUGUUUAAUAACCAGUUUGCAAAAAAAUCCGGACUAACAAUCCACUCCAGCCAGCAUCCCACUGCUGGGAGGUCUCCACAGAGGAGGAGAGCUCCCACCAUCUGGAUUCAAGGGGAAACUCCAGGUAAAGUUGUUUGAAACUAUGAGCCCCUCCCUCCCCACGCAGGUGGUCUUUUGGUGCCUUAAUGAAGAGUCGGAUUUUGAAGUGGCCUAUGGCCUGGGGGCCAGUGGCGUCAUGACAGAUUACCCCACAGCCCUGAGGCGCUACCUGGACAACCAUGGAGGAGCUGCCCAGGCCUCCUAACAGCCCGGAGGCCCUCACCCUCUCCUCUAUUUCUCUUCUUCAAUAAAUAUUUUCUUUUCA